AUGUCUUCCCAGCGACGUACUGUUUGCCACGAAAAGUCGGAUGAUUUCGGUCUCUUUCACGAUGACCCUAUUGUCAUUGUAGGUUUUGGGAUGCGCCUGCCAGGCGGAGUUAACUCUGCCAGCUCAUUCUGGGAGAUGCUAGUGAACAAGAACGACAGCCACGGUGAUGUCCCCGCCAGUCGAUUCAACGCCAGUUCCUUUGUAGAUCCUUCCAAGGGCCCAACAACGGGAUACUUUUUGCAGGAGGAUCCGGCUUAUUUCGAUGCUUCAUUCUUCUCCAUCCCGGCAGUGGAAGCCAUGGAAAUGGAUCCCCAACAACGUUUGCUGAUGGAAAUUGUCUGGGAAUGCCUCGAGAAUGCGGGCGAGACUAGGUGGCAGGGGAAAUCAAUAAGAUCUAGAAGAUCCUCCCAGAUGGACACUCAAAGGGAUAAUCAUGAGUCCCGGAUUCAUGAACCAGAAUUCACUCAGCCACUUUGCACUGCUCUUCAGGUUGCUCUGGUAGACAUGUUAGCGACCUGGCAUAUCUGGCCAGGGUCCGUCAUUGGGCAUUCCAGCGGAGAAAUCGCUGCUGCGUACGCAGCUGGCGCCAUUACUUCUCGAUCAGCGAUUAUCAUUGCAUAUUAUCGUGGCAAACUCGCCAGUUCCCUGCAUGGAAAUGGCGCCAUGAUAGCUGUUGGCCUUGGUCGCCAGGAUAUCACGCCUUAUCUUAAGGAGGGGCUUGUACUGGCCUGUGAGAACAGUCCUGCCAGUGUUACACUUUCGGGUGACAUAGAAGCCAUAAAUCAAGCUGUGGACACAAUUAGGGCUGCAAGUCCGGACAUAUUUUGCAAGAAACUUCGCCACAACGUGGCGUAUCAUUCCCACCACAUGGAUGCGGUGGGGUCUUCGUACGAAAGUGCAAUUGCUCCAUACAUCUGCCACAGCUCGCAUCCCAUGCUGCCCAUGGUUUCGAGUGUAACGUGCGGCCGUAUCUCAGACCCUCAUAAACUCGAUGCUUCCUACUGGCGGCGAAAUCUUGAGAGUCCGGUCCAAUUUUCUCAGGCGGUGCACAACCUAUUGCAAGACGAUGCGUUGAAGACCAACAAUCGAGUGUUCAUUGAGGUCGGGCCGCACGCUGCUUUGGGAGCACCGCUGCGCCAGAUCUUUCAACAUUUACAUGGCACUGCCGAAUCCCCGGUCUACAUGCCUACUCUUAUUCAGAAUGACGACAAUCCCCGCGCCCAGUUACUUGGCACCGCAGGCCACGCGUUUGUAGCGGGUGUACCUGUCAACUUUGCGGCAGUUGUAGAUGGACAAACCCCAUUGAACAACUUACCCGUGUACCCCUGGAAGCAUGACAUUCGAUAUUGGAGCGAGAGUCGCCUGAGUAGCGAGUGGAGGCUCCGCGCGCUGCCCCAUCAUGAGCUUCUGGGCUCACGCAUUGUUGAGGCAACGGACUUACACCCGUCAUGGAGAAAUGUUCUGCAGGUCGAAAAGGUGCCCUGGCUCGAGCAGCAUAUCUUGCAAGAGCAAAUCACUUUUCCUGGCGCUGGGUAUAUUGCCAUGGCUGGGGAGGCAGUGCAACAAAUCCAUCCAGAGGCACGGCUUACAGGUUAUUCCAUACGAAACAUACAUUUUAAGGCGCCUUUGCUCAUCGAUCCUGUUGUCCCCACGGAGAUCAUCACGACCCUCUAUCCGAUAGAGUAUGCUGAUGACGCCCCUUCGGGGUGGUACUCCUUCAUUGUCUCAGCCUAUAAUGACACUUCGUGGAUCAAAUAUUGCCAGGGUCAGGUGCGAUCAGGGCGUGAUGACCACCACUUGAUCAUGGCUAUGCACAUCCGAUCUUAUGUACGCUCAGUUUCGUGCGAGAGGUGGUACAAAACUGCUAGGCGCCUUGGGCUUGAGUACGGCCGCAGAUUCUGCGGCUUGCGUGAUAUUUCCACGGAUCCCAUCGGCUCGGCCGCAGCGACAGGCACCGCAACCGACCCGUCAGAGGUGCACGACAGUCGAUAUACCCAGCAUCCCGUGAUCAUCGACCAGUGUCUACAGCUCAUGGGAAUUGCUGCAUCGAGGGGUAUCAUGCAUCGUUUAACCAAGCUGUACAUUCCGGUGAUGAUUGAAAGCCUCUACGUGGGCAGCGGAGCGCCAGAGGUGGUCGUGGAUGCGUUGACAAUGGAAGGGAUACGCGAUGGUCUAUCGGGAAACGCAAUCGGUAUGGUCGAUGGAAAGCCGGCCCUUGUCAUUGAGAAGGCCUUGCUAUAG